AUGUCUCUCCGCCGCCUUCUCCAGCUGCUUGCCAUCAUGUGGCAGGGCUACGUGCAUUCGUUCGUGCUCCCCCUCGUAGUGGCGCUGCCCAACGCCAUCGCCGACAUGGUUGUCGUGGCCACCAUGAUGACGACUCGAGUCUUCGUCCGUGGGGACCGUUUAGACGCCCGAUGGCGUUGGAUGCGACUGCUGCAACAGCUUCCCGACGCCCGCUUUUACGAUUACCUGCGCGUUGACCGUCGCGUUUACGUCUACCUCGUACGGCAUUACGAGGUCAGUGGAUUCGGGCGACCGAACCAGCCCGACGGCAACUUUGUGAAAGUGGCGUUGGCACUCACUCGGAUGGGACAUGGAUGGAGCUACAGGGAGCUCGGCCUUCACUUUGGAUUCAGUGUCUCCUACGCCAAAAAAGUCUACGACAUCUUCAUCGUGUUUGUGACGACCUGGCUGGUUCCGAAGUGGGUUAAGUGGCCAACGCCCGACGACUUGGGGCGUAUGGCGGCGGAAUUUCGCAUGAGAGGAGGCAUCCCCGGAGUCGUGGGCGCCAUUGAUGGAACCUACAUCCGAACGCGGGGCUGGGGCAUUCACCGAGAGGACUUCCGCAAUCGAAAAGGCCUUUUCUCCAUCAUUUUACAAAUCAUAUGCGACUCUGCCGGCUACAUUUGGGACUUUUUUGCAGGAUGGCCGGGCUCCGUCAAUGAUGCCCGUGUGUUCAACAAUAGUCCUGCACAUGCUAGGAUCGAAGCGGGAGACCUACAUGACUACGUUAUUGUGUCCGAUGCCGCAUAUGGUCUACAUUCCUACACAUACACUCCAUUUCGUGCUACUCCCGGCAGGCCCCUACCUAGUGCUAUGCAUGUUUGGAACUUGCAACAGUCUCGGACCAGAAUGGUAGUGGAGCAGGUCUUUGGCCGACUCAAAGGCAAAUGGAGGGUGUUGGACGGCCGCAUGGAGAGUCACAUCGGGCGGGUUGUGGCCACGGUUUCAGCAGCCGUGGUGAUUCACAACAUCGAGCUUGUGCUCGGCGAACGCCCUCGCCUCGGUGUCCCCCGCGAGCGCAACCUCUGGUGGCUUGCGGGUCCGGUGGCGAACGCACCGCAUUACCGCCCCUCCACGCCCGGCUUCACUCCGAAUCGUCGUCGGAGUCGACUGGCGGGGUACUUUUACGCUUCCUGGAGGCUCGGUCAUCCCUCCUUGAGCCGGCCAAUUCUCGGCAGCCCGCGGAGGGGCAGUCGUGCUGGCCGCAAGAUGGGUGGGGUUUACGUUCUCCCGUUCGCCAAAAAUGACAUCAAACAGCUCAUACCAGGGCGGGAGCUUCAACGGGCGACCGCGACCGCUCUUCUUGAGAAUCUUGUCACGGAUUUUGCGGUAGCGAGCCUCCAUGCGGAGAAGCUUGGCUUUGACCGCCUGCCAUGUGUGACGCCACUCCGGAUGCCGCUUCUUAAGCUCCUCGGUGACAGUAGUGUAGAUGUUCUGCCCCUGAAGCCUAUUCUGCGCCUCCACUUGGGUGUGGAGAUCGUGGCGCACGAUUGCGAGCUGAUGCUCUUCUACCGGCACCCAGCGCGCACCAGUGGCGACCGGACGUUUGCCAUUAUCGCCACGGCGCGCCAGAGUGUUAGCCGCAGCAGUCCCAUCCGGAGCCUCGUCAAUCAGCGGUAUCCCCGCGGGACGAGAUCGAUGGCGUCCACGUCAGACGCGCCACCAGCCACGUCAGCCGCGCCGGCUGACACGUCAGCGACGAAGCUGAAAUUCGGGCGGUGGGAUUUGGACUCUAGAGAGGUGUUUGCUGAGACUGAGCUUUCCCUCGCUAUAGUCAACCUCAAACCCGUCGUGAAGGGUCACGUGCUGGUGCUUCCUCGGCGUGUGGUGCCACGAUUCCAGGACAUGACUCCCCACGAGGUCACAGACAUGUGGCUGCUGGCGCAGAGAAUUGGACAGGCGCUCGAAUCCCACCAUGGGUGCACUUCAUCUACGUAUACUAUCCAGGACGGUCCAGCAGCGGGGCAGACAGUGGCACAUGUGCACGUCCACGUCAUGCCACGGAGGGAAGGGGACUUUGUACCCAAUGAUAAGAUCUACAAUGAGAUAGAGGAGAACGAGAAGGAGGCGAAGAAGCUGAGGAUGGAUGCGGAGGAGAACCGACCAGCCCGUACAAUGGAUGACAUGGAAGCUGAAGCCAAGGAGCUAAGGAGAGUGCUGGAGGAGUUUGAGAAGAAGGGAGAGGAGAAGGCGGAGUGA